GGAUCCGCCGGCGCGGCUCGGGGGCCCCUGGAGGAGGAGGAGAGGAAAAACCACGGGAUUGAGCUCUGUCAGUGGCGCUCGCGGCUUCCGAGGGGGAAGUGCCGGGGAAUAAUUAAUGUUUUUAUUAAAUUUGGAGGGAAUUUUUUGCAGCCGAUCGCCGCGCGUGGCCUUCAGGCUGAUUGGAGUCCAGAUCCCGAGGAAAUCUCCAGAUCAAAUGCCCAGUAAAUAAAAACACUGAGCUAAGACUCGUGGAAGAGCUGCAGAAUGGAUGGAUUUUAUGACCAGCAAGUGCCUUACAUGGUCACCAAUAACUCUUUCAAGAUCUGAGCCAAUUACAGGAGACAUGGCUUGCAGAAGCAGCACAUAUAAUUAUUUGGUGUUCUGGUGGAGUACUUUUCUGAUGGCAGAAAUUAGUUUCUCUGGGUUCAUCGGGACGGGAUGCUUCAAGAUUUAAGUGCAAGUGUCUUCUUUCCACCUUGUUCACAACACAGAACAUUAGCUCAGGUACCUGACAAUGAUGAGCAGUUUGUGCCAGACUAUCAGGCUGAAAGUUUGGCUUUUCAUGGUCUCCCUGUGAAAAUCAAGAAGGAACCCCAUAGCCCAUGUUCAGAACUUGGCUCCGCUUGCAGUCAAGAGCAACCAUUCAAGUUCAGUUAUGGGGAAAAGUGCCUGUACAAUGUCAGUGCCUAUGAUCAGAAACCACAAGUGGGAAUGAGGCCCUCCAACCCACCGACGCCAUCCAGCACUCCUGUGUCACCGCUGCACCAUGCCUCCCCAAACUCCGCUCAGACUCCUAAACCUGACCGGGUGUUCCCUACCCACCUCCCUCCAUCCCAGUCCAUGCAAGACAACAGCUUCCCUAUGGAUCACAGAUUUCGCCGCCAGCUCUCUGAACCUUGCAAUUCUUUCCCACCUUUGCCUGCAAUGCCAAGGGAAGGACGUCCAAUAUAUCAGCGCCAGAUGUCUGAACCAAACAUCCCUUUCCCGCCUCAAGGUUUUAAGCAGGAGUACCAUGAUCCAGUUUAUGAACACAAUGCUAUGGUUGGCAGCGCAGCCAGUCAAAAUUUCCCCCCUCCUCUGAUGAUUAAACAGGAACCUAGGGAUUUUGCAUAUGACUCAGAAGUGCCUAGCUGCCAUUCCAUUUACAUGAGGCAAGAAGGCUUCCUGGCUCACCCAAACAGAACAGAAGGCUGUAUGUAUGAGAAGGGACCUAGGCAGUUUUAUGAUGACACUUGCGUUGUUCCAGAGAAGUUUGACGGUGAUGUCAAGCAGGAGCCAGGCAUGUACCGCGAAGGACCCACGUAUCAACGGCGAGGCUCGCUUCAGCUCUGGCAGUUCUUGGUAGCUCUUCUCGACGACCCAUCCAACUCUCACUUCAUAGCAUGGACUGGCCGAGGCAUGGAGUUCAAGCUGAUUGAGCCAGAGGAGGUGGCACGUCGCUGGGGGAUUCAGAAAAACAGACCAGCUAUGAACUAUGAUAAACUUAGCCGAUCUCUUCGCUAUUAUUAUGAAAAGGGAAUCAUGCAAAAGGUGGCUGGAGAAAGAUACGUCUACAAGUUUGUUUGUGACCCUGAAGCGCUUUUCUCCAUGGCUUUUCCCGACAACCAGCGCCCCUUACUGAAGACUGACAUGGAGCGCCACAUCAAUGAGGAGGACACUGUGCCUCUGUCCCACUUUGAUGAGAGCAUGGUCUACAUGCAGGAUGGAGGCUGCUGCAACACCCACCCCUAUAACGAAGGCUAUGUCUAUUAACAACAGAGACACUGAAGGGGCGUUUCUCCCUCCCUUAAGCUUCUCCUCUUUCCCAAGACCCAGAGGAAAGCUGAAUCGACUUCAGUUUGUUUUUUAAAUAGUACACUAAAAGGGGCUUUUCCUGUUGCAUUACUCCUAUGGUCUGCCAUGGACAGCGCACUUUAUUUGAAAGGGGAGGGUUGGAACCUAAAUGUUAUUCUGUGUAAAAGGAGGAAAUGGGUGGGUUUGCUUUUUACUUAAGUUUGGGAAGGGAACAUACAGGUUUUAAGUACAAAAAAAAGCUAUAUCAUGUCUGUUUUGUUUCAUAUCAGCAUAAGAUAUUGUACAUUUUCUCUGGGUAUCCGUAGUACAGUUAAUUCUCAUUGUGCAAAAUAACCACUUUUGAUGAUGAUAUCAGCACAGCAUGCCUCGGGCAUUUGUUUCUUGCCAUUCUUAAUUGUCUUUCUGCAGUUAUAAAAGAGAAGCAAAGCAUACACCACAGCAUUUAAUUUAGAAGUUUCCAGUGGCAGAACUUGUAUCUUGCCUCUGAGAAUAACCAGAUAAUUUUCCUAAGGUGAUUUUUUUGUUUCUUUUUUGUUUGUUUUUGGUUUUUUGUGUAUGACUUAAAAAAAAAAAAUCUUAUUUAAUGACAGACUGGCCAUAAAUACAGUGACCAAACAGUGAAAUCCCUGACUUCAGACUUGUAGCUGCAUGCUGUAUCCAGUGCCACAUUGCUAUACAUAUAUGGCCCAUGUGCUAGGGCCUUGAUUUUUCAAGAUCCAUUUGAGGGUAGUAGUUACAUGGAGUAGGCUUUCUGAUGAUCAUGUCAGCAUUAAAUACAGGAUCAUGAUCAGGAGGGAGAAAACAUUUUGUAUCCUUCCAUUUCCUUUGGUACAUAAAUAAGUUAUUUAAUCAAUAGGAAUUAACUGUACUAAGUCACAUAUCUAAUUAUGCUGUUUAGACACAGCAAGCACUCCUUGAGAAAAAUAUCCAAUACACUAAAUAGGUACUUUAGUAAUUUUUAGACACGGUACCCAUUAAUAUGCAUUUAAACCUUUUACUGCUGUGUUAUGUUGAUAACAUAUAUAAAUACUAGAUAAUGCUAAUGCUUCUGCUGCUGUCUUUUUCUGUAAUAUUCUCUUUGAUGCUGAAUUUACUAUGACCAUUUAUAAGCAAUGCUGUAACUACAGGUAGCAUUUCAGGACAAAAUAGAUGACUUGAACCAUUUAUUGCUUAGAAAAUAGCUUACGCCAUAGCUGUGCUAUAAGCAGCUUUUAUGCGCAUCCACAAAUGACUAGUAAGCUUCAGCUUGCUAAGGAAAGCUCUGCAGAACCUUUUGUAAUUUUUGGUGGAACAGAGAUGAACUGUCAAAGAAAACCAUGAAGUUGCUGUAUGACGUUGUAGUGCUGGCACUGGUGUUACCAAUCAACUUGUUUUGGACACUAAAUGUAAAUGUGAUCAGAUAUGCUCGAAAGACAAUUUAAAUUUUGAGGGGUUUUUUUGGUUGUUUUGUUAUUUUUUCAAAUCGUUUUAUUUUUGGAGAGGGGUUACCUUGAACACAGACCACACAAGCUAUUCUGUAUGUAAAACAAAAACAAAAAGCGGCAACCCCCCAGAAAUUUAAAAUAUUUAUGAGCACCUUUUUAAAAAUACGAUAAUUCAUAGUUUGAAGGGGUGGAGAGGGAGGUAAGAAUUGGAUUUAAUUUUGCCCAGUGAAAUUUAAAUAGUUUCUAUAUGAAGUACUUCAUUUUCCUAGAUUGUCAAGAAUCCAGAGAAAAAUAAAUACAUAACCAUAAAAAAAUGAAGAAUUAUUUUCCUCAUAAUGGAUGGAUUUCAAAGACAGUCCUAGGUGGUGGAUUAAUCUUCCAUCCUUUGUCAGUUAAGACACUACUUAAGUUAUGAAUAUUUUAAUACACAUUUAAUCAAAAGUAAAGAAGUAGUGGUCACUAGAAACCACAGGUGCAUAAAAAGCAUUUGGGCAGGUAUUUAAUUUACCUAAAUCCAUGAGACAACAUAUUUUAUGAUACAUGCCUUAAUAUGCCACCUAAUUCUGUCAUCCAUAGAUCUCAAUGGCACUUAAAUACUUGGUGAUCAACUGAGAAAAAGAAGUCUAAAAUUGCAGAACUAGCAAAAAGGAAAGGGAAAAUGUUGAGUAAUAUUGUUUAAAAAAAUUUUGGUUUCCAUUGAAAUAAGAUUCAAAUGAAACAUGCUUUGAUGAAAAGUCCUUGGAUUGGUUUUGGUUCUUUAAUGUCAGCACAGAGCGCCUCUUGCCUGUGGCAGGAUGUGGGUAUUUGGGAAAGGGGUUGGACAAAAAAAGGAAAAAAAAAAGAUUUAAAAGAUGCAUCGAAUGUGUAAUAUUUAAGAAAAAAAAUAUAUUUAUAUCUGUAUACGGUAGUGACUCACUGAACAAAACAAGCAGUCAGACCAACAUUACAUGAUCUCUCAGCAGAAGACAAAAAGGUCUUUCACUGAACUGAUUAACCCUUUUUAAAAUGUACCUAAGAGGUUUAUUUAAAGUCUAUUUUUAUUCCACUUUUUUGUUUGUUUGGGGUUGGGGUUUUUUUGUUUUGGUUUGUUUGGGGGUUUUCAGGUAGAAUAAUAAAUCUGGCAGCUGAUUUCUGCAA